AUGUGUCGCCAAUAUUACACACUCUACGAGUGGUGCCAGUGCGAAGAAGACGCUGGUAACAGUGUCUGCGCCGGGGUCCGCCGCAGCAGCUGUCCCGGUGUCAGUGUCGAGACUGUGCAUAUGCAUUGUUUCUGCAACUCCCAUGCGACUCGUGGGUUCAAGUCAGAGAAGCAGACUCGCAAAGAAGAGACUAAGACGCGCCGCCGAUCGCAGGAGUCCUUGGAUGAGAAGGCUUCCUUUGGGCGGAGGUGGUAUCAGUGGUAUCAGUGGAGGGGACUUCGGUCUCGUUAA